UUUUCAUCCUCCAAAGUCUCAUUGUGACCCCUUUUGCUAUUCACCGAACAUCUACUUUCGUUUUCAUCCAGAGUUGACAAGUUCUGAACAUUUGAAGACCAAAAGCAUCAUAAAAUCAUAUGCGUUAUAUUAUUUUCACUAUGAACAUUUGGCAGAGGAACCGUGUCAGGGACAUAAGGCAAGGUUACAGUGGGGACGAUGACAAAGGAUGGGGACCCGGGUCGAGAAGUGGCCAACCUAACAGCCUCAGCAGAUGGGACAGUCCUCAUGGGGAUUCCCCUCAUCCCAGGACUUGACGUUGUGGCGUCUGGCGAUGGCUCGCACAUGGAGUGCAGCAUCAAGACGGAAGAGGACGAUGACCUCGGCAUCGGCAGAGGGGCAGAAGAUGAGGAGACUGACGUCAGCCAAAUGCUGUCUGUCGUCAGUUCUGGAGGAAACUUGAUCCGAGCUAACCAUGCGACGUUGCAGUCUCUGUUAUCAACCCCAAUAUCGGGCACCCAGGUGUUUGCUCAGCAAGAUGGUAUACAGGUCAUCACUUUGCCGACGGCGACAGACGUCGUGGGCCUCGGUGGGGAGAACAGCAGUCGACUCGUUCAGGUGUUUCCAAGUAAUGAAGACCUGACCAGCCUUGGUGUUGGAGCUAAAUACAUCGGACUCAUAGCGAUUCCAAACACAGGCCUUGUCGCUCAGACUAAAACAGAUAUGGGUGGCCUCUCCGGUUUAGAAAUGGUUCAAGGCACUGAAACUGCUGAGCUGAAUGCGGCUGCUGCGGCAGAGAGUAUGGCGGCCAUCUUGAUGCCUCCGCCAGCCACUGUGCCAGAGCUACCCCCAGGAUGUCCCCAGUGGGCAACCCGACUGAAGAAAUGUGAGAAAAUCGGGGACUCGUACCGUGGAUACGUGGAAAAUGAAAUUGACCUGGACUUGAUAUUAACCCUUCACAAACAGCAGACCAACAGCUUCUGGGGCACUCGGCAGUCGCCCAGCCCGGCGAAAGCGUCCAUCAGACUCAUGUGGAAGUCACAAUAUGUUCCCUUCGAUGGCAUUCCCUUUAUCAAUGCUGGAAGUCGAGCAGUGGUGAUGGAGUGCCAGUACGGUCCUCGGAGGAAAGGGACGUUUGGGAAAAGAGGCGGCACCACCAAUAGCAAUGCUGUAGAGUUCAAACAGACGUGUCCAGCCAGGAUAUACAUCAAAAAGGUGCGCAAGUUUCCAGCAUAUGCGGUCGAUCUCACGAUGGAUAAAAAGAGCAUCCGUUUAGCAAUGGACAAAGCUUUCCUUGAACUUCGAGAACAAGGUCUUGACAGCUGGGGAGAGGAAAGGUAUUACGUACAGUUGCCCACGGAUAAAGCUCACGAUUAUCACGAGGAAUCGCCCAAUGCCUUGAAGCAGGAGACAGUGGUCAGUCCCCCGGUGAUAGAUGAGCAGACGCCUCCGGUCGUGGAAGGUCUAACAGAUACACGCAUCCACCCUGCCGUGCUGGAGAAGAUUCGGCAGAUGGUUGCGGCGGGGGAGACAAAGCUCUACACCAUACGCAAGCAGUUGAGGAAGUUUGUGGUGUGUGAGCUGUUCCAGUGCUCGGGCCAGGUCCCUGAGCGUCACGACCUGACCAUGUUCCCCACCGUCAACGACCUCAAGAACCACAUCCACCAGGCCCUCAAGGACAUCGAGACCGGGGUCCUGCCCGUCUCCGCGCCCGUGGUGAAUCUGGAGGUAAUGGCGGGCCAGGAAUCCUCCGAGGCCAACGAUCAAGAGACCAACGACAUCAAGACGGAACUUUCCUCCAUGUGGUCGGGGGCCAACGUUCCAUCCAGCACGCCGAUGCCGGAGAGCGUCACGGUGACCUUGACACAGAACCCAGGGGAAGACGGCCACCACAUGGUUUCUCGUAUCGAGACUCAUCUGAGCGACGGCACAACGCAGGUCAGCACAACCUUGACCCCUGAGACGGCCCAGUUGUUGUCACGCCUACACCCAGGUCUCUUCCCCGCUGGCAGUCUACUCCAGUUGGAUGGUUCCCAGUCCCAGCCUGUGGUCCCCGAGAGUUUGGCCGACCCUGUGAGCGGUCUAGAGCCCCCAGACGCGUCAUCUGCUGACAACCCCGUGUCUGGUCUGGACGCCUCCAUGGCGGAGAGCGUGCAUGUGAUAGGGGGCCUCGACUCUGCCCACCUGACGGGCAUGGAAGACAUGGACACGGCCCACAACAUCUCCGACAUGAUGGACUCUGACGCUGCCGCGGGGAUCUCAGGCAUGGUCAGCUCGGACCCGACACACUCUAUCGGAGGAAUUCAUCUCGACGUGCACCACCCUUCAUCUCACAAUAUUUCCGGUAUCAUCGAUGGGGACUCUCCCAAUUUCGCCGGGAUUGUCACGUCGGAAUCGCACCACCACCACCACCCUCACCAUCACCACCAUCAUCACCACCACCACAUCCCCGGCUUGAGCAUCGCAGGGUCGGGUCUGUCUGUCCUCAACGGGGUUGACCCGGCCACGAUUUCUGAGAUGGUUUCCUCGGGCGCCGCCCAUCUGAGCAUCGUUCCGGGCCACCCUGACACGAUCGCCCUGGUGGCGGGCGCGGGGUCGGAGGCCGCUCACACUAUCGGGCUGGUCACCACGGGCCGGAGCGACGGCGGUCAUUUGACCCUGGGGGACGAGGCGUGCGACGAGUCUAUCAUGGCCAAAGGUCAGGACCUGGGGGAGGUGGGCGGGGCCGAUGAGAAGCUGUCGGAGGAUAAGAUUACUCUGCACAUCACUUCAGAUCAAGAAAUGGGCAUGGCCAGACUGGAGAACAAAGUCUCAGAUUUGUGAUAUAUUCCUCCCUGGCGCUCCGUCUUUCUCUCUUUCCCCGGAAAACGCACACGAGAAUGAUCCCCAAGUCCCAGCGUGACAGAAUGCACAUGAUCCACGCAUUGCACUCGAGAAUGAUGUAUGAUUAUGAAGUUCAAAAGUGAUAGGACUUGCAUCAUCACAUCAGGCAGGAUCGUGCUCGUGAGAAUGAAUGACUUUUUACGUUCCGUGUGAUGGGGGACUUGCAUUAUCGUAUGAUCAGAAUCUCAGCCGUUCUCACCUGCCACACUCUUUGUUUCAACUUUCACAGCCUGUGUGCUCCUGCUGCUUCACUUCUGGAUGUUAUCUUCAGAUUUCUGGAGGCCUCAAAAGUUCUGAUUUUUUUUCCUGCUAGGCAGUUUAUGUUCAGAAUAAAUGUGGGUCACGUUUUCUUUCGAUGCAAUACAUUAACUCCUUGAAAUCGAAGUGUUAUAAGUACCAAAGUUCUGUAGUUCUGUUGAGUAGUCAGUUCAGAAUUCUUGUGCUUACAUGUCCCUUCCGCUCCUUACAAGGUGUUUGUAGGUAAAAGUGUUUGGGUUUUUUUUCAUAUUUUGUAAUUGGUGAAAUGUCAUGUAAUUUGAGGUUUGCAGGCAAAGUACUUUCUGUUUUGUAAACAUGAAACUUGGUGUAAUUUGAGGUUUGCAUGCAAAGUUCUUUUAUGUUUGAUAAACAGCAAGACUUUAUUUAGUGAAAGGUUGACAGGCAGGCCAUGAGGACAGCUACAGAGCGCCACUGGCUGAUGUCCUUGCCAUGACAUGCACGCUGUGGGUUUUUGUUGGUUCUCAUGCUAGGGAAAAGGAUGACGUACAUCCGCUUCUGUUUCAGACUACUAUGUAAUUCUCAGAUGGAUAUGAUGGUUGUGAGGUAGUCAAAAGUGGCGUGAUGGGACCUGAAGUGGGAACAAAACAAGACCUGCGACUUUCUUUUUUUUUACUACAGCAUGGAAUGGAAAACUGCUCAGAACAAAAUGUUAUGUUAUGGAAAA